AGGGGAGAGGGUGGCGCUGAGAUCUGCUCGCGUCACUCGCCCGGCGUCGGUCAGGAGGAGCGGACGUGCAAACAUGGCCACGAAAGGACAGGUGAUCAAGUGCAAGGCUGCAAUUGCAUGGGAGAAGCAGAAGCCGCUGAGCAUUGAGGAGGUCGAGGUCGCGCCGCCGCAGAAGGGGGAGGUCAGGAUCAAGAUCCUGGCGACCGGCGUGUGUCACACGGAUGCCUACACCCUGGACGGCCACGACCCCGAAGGCAUUUUCCCUGUCAUCCUUGGCCACGAAGGAGGCGGCGUCGUGGAGAGCGUUGGGGAGGGAGUCACGUCCGUCAAGGAAGGCGACCAUGUGAUCCCCCUGUACAUCCCCCAGUGCUACGACUGCAAGUUCUGCAAGUCUCCCAAGACCAACCUUUGCAGCAGAAUCAGGGCGACGCAGGGCAAGGGUGUGAUGCCUGACGGAACCUCGCGUUUCACUGCCCGUGGUCAGAAGAUCUUCCACUUCAUGGGCUGCUCCAGCUUCUCCGAGUACACUGUGGUGUCGGAACUGUCUGUUGCCAAGGUCAACGAAAAGGCUCCCCUGGAGAAGGUGUGCCUCCUCGGCUGCGGCAUCAGCACAGGAUACGGUGCUGCUCUCAACACUGCCAACGUCGAGAAGGGGAGCACCGUUGCCAUCUUCGGCCUUGGCGCCGUGGGUCUGGCUGCGGCGAUGGGGUGCCGGGAGCGCGGCGCCAAAAUGAUCAUCGGCGUCGACAUCAAUGAAGCCAAGUUCGAGAUGGCCGAGCGCUUCGGCUGCAACGCCUUCCUGAACCCGCUGAAGGUGCCGGACACGGUGGCGGCCCUCGUCGAGAUGACCGACGGAGGCUGCGACUACACCUUCGAGUGCAUCGGCAACGCGAGGACCAUGCGGCAGGCGCUGGAGGCGUGUCACAAGGGCUGGGGCGAGAGCGUCGUCAUCGGCGUGGCGGCGGCGGGCGUCGAGAUCACCACCAGGCCCUUCCAGCUGGUGACGGGGAGGGUGUGGAGGGGGUCGGCCUUCCAAGGUUUCAAGUCCCGAGAGAGCGUGCCGAAGCUGGUCAACGAUUACAUGAACGGCAAGGUCAUGGUGGACGAGUUCGUGACCUUUACGAAGCCCUUGGCGGAGGUCAACGAGGCCUUUGACCUGAUGCACCAGGGGAAGGCCCUCAGGACGGUUGUCGCCAUGUAGAGGGAUCGAUUGCUUGUUGGCAGGGGAUCUUUCGCCCCUUGUUGUGAA